UCUUGCACGCAUGCGUACUUUGAUAACCUACUCUUGUAACAAGGAACGCGUAUCUGUCGUAGACACAGAAAAAUAUUUUAGUAAGUCGUAGCUUCGGUUAAUCGUGAAUGAUUUUUUCAAAUUUUGUUUUAUGAAGUAAAAUAAUAAAGAUGUGAAAAGUGAUAAUUUCUAUAAUUUGUAAAAUGUCAUUGAAAUGCAUCUCCGAUAAUCCACAUUUCUCAUAUACUAAUUGAACUUCAAUUCAUCAAUUCAAUCAAUUCAAUUAAUAUUAUUGUAAAAAUGGAUAAUUGUAAAUAUAAAAGUUUAACAAUAACAAUUGAAGAAGGAUAAAUGAUCUCUAAAGAAAAGAGAAGAUUUAUGUGGAAUCACUUUCGCGAUAAAAAAAUUUUUAAGAAAAAGAUUGUUCAUUGAUCCUGUCAAUUUUUUUCCACAAUUAUUUACCAAAUACAGACAACGAAUCUGAAAGUAUAAAAUUAAAAUAUGAAUAAAUAGCUUUAUGAGAGAAAAAAAAAAGUUCUUGUAUUCGAUACUAACCUGUCUCAACAGAAUGCGAAUAUUGAAAUACUCGAUAUGCUUUCCAUAGAAAUUCUUAAGAUUUUUCAAAAAUUAUUGAGAUAAAAUGCAGGAUCGCUGAACAAAAAGGAUGCAGUUUGGAAAAGUGUCGUUGAACCGGAUUUAUUCUGGUUAUUUGAUUCGGUGUUAUUAUCAACGUCCUCGUUGUCGAGGUUCAAGAAAGACCUGGCUGGAUUCAAGGUCAGCCACAGGAUGUUGGCGGAAAUGGUCCGUCUUUCGUAUCAGCAUCGAGCAUUUUAUUGCUAUGUGAUUCUAAGUGUGUGGAUUUUUCUUCUUGUUGCUGGUAUGUACAAAUAUAUUGGUAUAGAUGAAAAAAGUUCUAUGCAAGCUAGAAUUAUAGAAAAUGAUAUUUCUAUAAGAGAAUUCCCAAGAAAUUUAAAAAUUGAUGUGAAAACUAAAAAAAUAUUUCGAUUUUGUAAUCCUCCUAGUGAAAUUACAACAGAAACAGAAGGAAAAUUAGAUGGAAAUUUAACAUUAGGAGGAAUUUUAGUGUUUAUUCGACAUGGAGACAGAGGCCCUUUAGCACAUAUUCGAAAUAUAAGCUUAGUGAAUUGCGGUGGAGAUUUUAGUUCCAUACCUGAAUUAGAAAAUUUAUAUCAUAAUUAUGUAAAUUUUUUGCAAAAUGUUUCCAGCUAUUCCAGAACUGCUUGGGCACAAUUUUUAGGACCAUUUCAUGGUUUUCCAAUGUUGCCUAGCAAUUCUAAAGAUUGCAAAAUUGGCCAACUGACAACCCUUGGCAUUGGACAAUUAUUAAAAACUGGAAUUAUACUUAAAAAUGCUUAUUAUCAUAAACUGAAUCUGGGAAAUAAUUCUAUAUCCAAUAAGGAUAUUAUUGUAUAUAGCACUAGGUACCGAAGGACAGUUCAAAGUGCAGUUGCAUUGUUAUAUGCUCUAUUAGAAACAGAUGGUUUCCAGAACUUAGCUAAAAUUACUAUGCAAGAAAGUCAAAGCUAUGCUUUUUGUAAUACAGACUGUGCAUGUCCUGCUGCUGAAAAAUUUUACAAGCAAUAUCUAAAGGAAAUGUCAGACCACUUGAAAUCUCAUCCAGCAGUGGCUGAUCUUAUACGACAAGCUUCCAAUGCAGUCUUCGAAAUUCCUGAUCAAGCCCAGAUGACAGAUCCUAAUACCUUAAAGGAUGCAUUGUUAACUUAUAUCUGCCAUGGUGCUUCUCUGCCCUGCAUAGACUUUAACACUCAAAGAAUUUGCGUGAAAACUGAACAUGUAACAAGCUUGUUCACUUAUACGGAAUGGGAAUCUAAGCAAGUGGCAAAAAAUAAUAGUCGCAAAAAAUAUGGAUUGCUAAGGGCUUAUGGGUUACUUCGAAAUAUUGUCUCUUAUAUGUUACGAAUUAUUUCUGAAGCUAAACCGAAAAUAGUUUUAUAUUCUGGUCAUGAUAAAACAUUAGAAUAUCUCGCAACUGCUCUCGGUAUAUUUUCUGAUAAAUUGACAAUGCCGCAUUAUGCUUCUCGUUUCGUAAUCGAAGUUUAUCGAAUAAAUCCAAAAAAUGAAAAUCACGUAGCUAGCGAUUUCUAUUUUCGAGUAGUGAUUAAUGGUAAAGAUUUUACUCAGAAAAUUCCAUUCUGCAGGAAUGCAAAUUUUUAUAGUAUCAGUUAUAUCGAACGCAAUGAAAUGGAAAAACGCAAAGAUUCAAAAUUGUGCCCAAUCGAGACAAUCAUCAGACAACUUCACGAUGAUUAUUUCGGACCAUUUAAUGCAACUAAUUUCAAAGAUGCAUGUACUAAUCAUAAAUAUGGAUAGUUUAAACGCAGAAAAUUUAUUAAAAUGAUAUAAAUUAUCAAUUAUAUAAUAAUUUAUUUAAUUUUUUUGUGAAAUUGGUGAAAUGAAAAAUAACCAAAAUCAAAAUUGAAUAUUCUAUAAGCUCUCGCAAACUAGAAGUGAAAUAUAAUCGGUGCAAAUUCAAAUCUUCAUGAACUCAAAUAAAAUAAUACUUAAUAUUCUAAUAUUUUAUAAAGAAAGUAUUAAAAAUAUAUUAUAAAGAAUCUCAGCGAAUUUCUUUUAUUAUUAAAGCUUUAUUAUGGAAAUCUCAAAGUAUAAAAUAUAAAAAAUGAUAGUAAAAUUUGCACUGUUUAGAUACUGUUUUCGAACAAAUAAGAAAAAGGAAGCCUUAUAUUCUUAGAUUAUAUCUUACAAAAUCGAAUAUAGCUUUAAAUAUACAUACAAAGCUAAAUGAUCGCCAUAUAUAUUUUAUCACAUGUCUUAAUGUACAUAUGUAAAUAACUUUUAUCAAACGGAAAUUAUGUUUGUUUUUAAAAUUGUUGAAAAAAUUAAAAUCCUAUGUAGUUCUCCAUCUUUGCUACAAUUAAAUAAUAUUAUUUUCCUUGUUAAAAUUAAUUCUUGUUAUACUUAAAAUGGACCAAAAUCCUUAUAUAAGAAUAAUUAUCACACUCAAGUGCUGUUAAAUUUAUGUAUCUAUUUAGAAAAAAAUUGCACGAUUCAAAUUUAUUGCAAAGUUGUACAAAUCAGUAUUUAUCCAAAAAAUAUACAAAACAAUGUUAAAUUAAAUUAUAGAUACAUUUUUUGUUAAAAUACAUAUUUAUCAUAAAUUA